AUGAGUCGCAAGGCUGCGGAGCGGCGCAACGGCGAGGGCUUCGUCGAGGCGCAUCUCUGGGUGUGCACCAGGGGGCGGCCGUACAAGCCUCGAUUCGCCGCCGAGCGCGCGGUGGUGCUGGUGUCCGGCGGUGGAGCGGGCGACGGCGGCGCGGAUACACCCGUCGCGGCGGCCGGGAACGGCAUCGCCGCGCGGCGCGCGGCGUCGUCCGCGGGUGCCGCGUCGGCGUCGUCGUCGACCCACCCGCUCGCCGCUCUCAUCGACGCCGUCCCGCGCGCCGACGCCCUGUUCCGCGACACCGGAUGCGAGGCACUGUUCGUGGUCGACUACUCGCCGCUGGCCAGGGACCUGCCGUCCGAGCUCGCCAGCACGUUCCCCGGCAAGGUGGCCAAGCCCGUGGGACGCGUGAUGCAGAAGCUGAACCCACGAAACGCGGUGUUCGCCGCGUCCGGGGCGGACGCAGCCGUGCUCUUCAAGGCGAUGAGACUCACCGGCGACGACGGAGCCGCCUGCGUCGUCGUCGCGAAACCGGGCGACAUCCCCCGCGUCGGUAUCCCGCGGGAACCCGUCACGGAGAAGACGGCGAUCAUCGCGGGCCACAACCCCGAAGCGGACCUCGCGACGGCGCUGCCCAACCGCGAAUACGUCCAUCCGAUGUCGGCGGGCGGUGACUCACCGGGCGGUGACUCACCGGGCGGUGACUCGUCGCUCGACGCCGCCGUCGCGCUCGGGUACCAAUCGGCGGCGGCGGUGGACGGGGACAACGACGUCUCUUGGAUGGGGGACGACGCGCCCGUGUUUUACGCCAGGGUGACGUUCGAGCACGACAGGAUGUCGAAGCAGAUUGAGCAAAAGGUGACGGCGCUGCGCGCGGAGGACGUCAGGGCGCUGGCGAAGGAGGCGAAGGGGGAUAAGGAUGAAGAGGAGAAGGAAGAAGAGGAGGAGGAGGAGGAGGAGGAAAAGGAGCCGGCGCGCUCGAGAUCGAUCCCCGCGGGUCCCGCGGAUGUUUCUUUGGAUGUUUCUUCAGGGAGGGACGCCGCCGACGACGCCGCCGCCGCCGACGCCGACGACCGACCGGGUCCGGUCAUCUACUCGGCGCGACGCCCCUUCCACCCCGCUCGACUGGCCGCCGUGCUCCGCGUCCACCUCGGCACCGGCGCCGCGUCGACGGAGGACGUCGACCCGCGGGGAGAGGAGACGCGGGCUGCGAUCCACGCGGGGUUUAGCGACGGGGGCGAGGUGGAGGCGGCUACGGAGGCUGCGUCGCGCGCAGCCGCCGCCGCCGCCGUGGUCGCGGCGAGGGCGGAACGCGCGUUCGGCGGGUCGUCGGAUCCCGCCGUCGCCGCCGCAGCGUCGGCGCUCGCGUCAUCCGCCGCCGCGGCGGCGGCGGCGGCGGCGGCGGCGGCGGCCGCCGCGAGGCUCCUGUCCUCGGCGAAGGUUUCAAAGUAUAGAGACUCGUCGCCCUCGUCGGGUCCCUUCCGAGGGGUGACGCGCAGCGCGGGCAUCGUGUGGCUAGCGUCGAGGCCCGCGCAGUGUGGCGUUUGGACGACAGACGCGGAGACCGGGCGCGCGGGGGUGUCGUGCCACGGCGAUUGGACCGCAUGGACCCCGGCCGGCUCGGGCAAAGUCGGAUCAAAGUUUUCGAUGGACGCGACAACGCUCGCUUCGUGGAUUGGGGACGCGCGGCAGGAGCUCGUGUUCGAAGGGGACGUCACGAUGGACCCGACAGCGCUCCGCGCCGCUCUGGACGCGUGUCUGCUGACGGAAUCUGAGAUGGGCGGAUCCCAGACGAGCGGAGAGGCGAGUUCGCGCGGGGCGGAUUUGGACAUUUUUUGCUUCUCGCCGUGGCCGGAACGGGACGCGCACCUCGCGUCGCUGGGGGUCCACGCGGGCGGUCGGGGCUCGCGCGCCAUCGCCAUGGCCGCCGCCAAGAAGGGCGCGUGGAGCGGGCUCUGGGACGUCACCGAGGGCGUGGCGAACAUGCGAGUGAGCGGCGGCGGCGGCGGCGGGGAACCGGUGGCUAAAAAAGUCACCGGCGCGGCGUCGCUCGGGUUUGGCGGCGCCGCGGGCGUUCGCGUCCCGGAGGCGUUCGUCGCCCCGCCCCGUGGCGUCGAGGUCGCGCAGUUUCCCGACGGCAAGGGCCACUUCUGGCCCAAGAUGCCCUGCUUGGAGUGCGGGUCCCCGUGGUGGCUCGGCGACGACUGGGACGCGACGUGCGCCAACUGCCGCGGCGACGCCGAGUCGUACGAUAACAACCAGCGCCCGCACAAGGAGUACAGGCGACGGUUCGAGCGGUUCAGGCGAUUGGUCGACGAACUGGUGGCGAACAGGGGGUGCGUCGGUGGCUAG